GCCAAAUAAGGCUUUAGGCCCAUUAGAGGUUAAUAGAAACAAAAACUUGAAAAGACACGUGUGACACGUGUCGUAAGCAAAGAAGGAGAGAAGUGGAGAGAAGUGACCACCAGACAAUUGUAAAGCCUACCUAAUCCACACCGAUUCAAUUCAAAACCCUAAACUCAAAAUCCGUCUCGGUGGAGGAAAAAUGGCUGAAGAAGCUCAAGUAGAUCGUUCUAAUGGCUCUGAUUCAUCAUCUCCUCCCAUAAAGUUACCUCCUUUCAUCACCAACCUAUUCGCCUUUCUUCAACCUAAGCCUCCUCCUGCUACUAUUGAUGCCAAUGCUCCUAAACCUACCGGCGAGAAGGAACCUCUGAAAUCGACCUACGAGACUGUCACUUUCCCUUACAAUCCACCCAAAAGCGCAGAGCCAAUCAAGUUUGAGGCUGAGCCCAGCUCUGGCAGGACUUCCAACUCUGUCAUCCUUUGGCAGGUAUAUGCACUUGGAGGGUUUCUUGUCCUGAAGUGGGCCUGGGCAAGAUGGAAUGAAAGGAACGAGAGAAGUGACAAAAAGGAGGCGACGGGUGAUGAUGAUCAGAAAGAUGAUGAUGAGGAUGAUCAAUCAUCUGAUGGGCAUGAAGACUAGUCAUAUUACUUGAACACGAUGAAAAUGUUACCCACUUUGGUUCUGUAUAGCAAAAACACCAUAAACUUCAAAAUGAAGAUUUCUUAUUUUCCAUUGUAUGUACUUGAAUCUUGAGUCUCAUCUCCUUAUCUAAGGGGACUCGAAAUCUCUUCUCAUGCUGGCAAGAAGUUUUUUUUUUCUUACUGGACAAAUCUCUUGUUGUUGCUGUGCAGUGUCUCUUUAGUUCGUGACUUGUAGUUAGAUCAUUGCUAGUUAAGUUUCAAGAGAUUUGUCAUGUUAAAUAUCAUAAA